CGCUUGGUCUACCACCAGCCAAGUGCCGUUGCUGCAUUUAGUCGCGUUCGUAGCAUUCACAAUAGACGUUGGAACGGUUCGGUGCAAGGCCAAAAGAAAAUGUGCAACAACAAUAUGGAAAAAAAUUAUUAAAUACAACAUUUUUUAACAACAAAAGAGUCGAAAGAAUAACGGAAAAGAAAAUGAAAACAAAAUUUUCCCAUUGCUGAAAAUAAUAAUACCUUGCCGUGAAAAUAAAAAAAUGAAUUGAAAGCAAAUUGUUGUGUUCAAGUGUUUCUGAUACAAGUGUAUGUUAAUAAUUCUCAUUAAGGUUGUAACAAUUACAGCCAUCCAAUAAAAGGCAACAAUUAAUGGCUUAAGCUACCUAGCACUACAAAAGUGGAAUGUGUAAAACAAAUGGAAAAUAGAAAAUAAAAUCAUACCGUUAACCUGUGAAAAAUGUGAAAAACAAAAAAGAAAAUUAAUUAUGGCAAAUUUAUGCAAAUAAAAUGAAAGUCUGUGGAAACAGAAAAAUAUAAAAAAAAAAAAAAAUAAAAUUCAAUUUGAAUAUAACUAAAGAAGUAACAAGCGGCAGUGAAAUGCAAUUCAAUACAAUACCGUGAAUUUUGUGUUUAUUAAAAUAGCAAGAGAGUAACAGAGAGAGAAAAGGAGUGAAAUAACAACAAAACCAGUGCUAUGUCCAUUUAAACUUAACACCAUCACAGACGUCUGUCACCAACCAGUCGACCAACAAAUAUAUCACCAUGUAUAACAGUUACACCAACUCUUCCAACUCCUCUCCCCAUGUCCAAAUGAGGCGUCUGACGCCUUUCACACCCUUCCCUAACAACCGGCAGAGCAUUCCGCCUCCACCCCAGCGCUCCGUGUCGACGUCUUCGCUAAACAUCCCCUUCAGUGCACCGGCUCAUCUAAUGCAGACAGCCUUUGAAUAUCCCCCAGUUCCCAUGGUGCACAAAGUCGCCGCAUCGAAGUAUCCGCUAAAUUAUGAACGAACAGACAAAAUAAAACUUAAAAAAGUUUUAGGACUCACAGUAUGCAGUAAUGCAGCCUUGGAUUGUUCGCCCAUCAGCGGUCUAUUGGCAUAUCCAGCUGGCUGUACAAUUGUUUUAUUUAAUGCCAAAAGACAGACACAGGCCUAUUUGGUCAACACAUCCCGCAAAGCAUUCACAUCGGUGGCAUUCUCACGAUGUGGUCGCUAUGUGGCCACCGGAGAAUGUGGCAUGAAUCCGGCCAUAAAAGUAUGGGAACUUGAAGCGCCCAAUGGUAAUUUGGAACAUUGUACCGGUGGCAAUGUGGUGGCCGAAUUUGUCGAUCACAAAUAUGCCGUAACUUGUGUGGCCUUUUCACCGACUGGUAAAUUUUUGGUAUCGGUUGGUUCACAGCAUGACAUGAUUGUCAAUGUAUUCGAUUGGAAAUCCAAUCUCAAAAUGGCCUCGAAUAAAAUUAGUUCUAAGGUCUCGGCAGUGAGUUUUGCCGAAGAUGGCAGUUACUUUGUUACCGUCGGUAAUCGUCACGUCAAAUAUUGGUAUUUGGAGGGUGGACGCAAAUACAAGGACCCUGUCCCCUUGAUGGGUCGCAGUGCCAUAUUGGGUGAUUUGCGUGACAAUGAUUUUUGUGCCGUUGCCUGUGGCAAGGGCGCCUGUGCCGAAAGUACUUACGCCAUCACAAGACAGGGUCAUUUGGUGGAGUUCAGUUCGAGGCGUCUGCUCGAGAAAUGGGUACAGUGUCGCACCACCAAUGCCAAUUGCAUCAGUGUGACCGGCCAAUUCAUUUUGGUUGGAUGUGCUGAGGCGAUUAUCCGAAUAUUCAAUGCCAGUACAUUGGAAUAUGUAACCACUUUGCCAAGAACCCACUAUUUGGGUGUGGAUGUAGCUCAGGGUAUACAUAUCAAUCAUAUAAUGACAGUACCACCGCAGGCCAAAUAUCCAGAUUGUAUUGCCAUGGCAUAUGAUGAGCAAAGAUCAAAGGUAACCUGCAUCUACAAUGACCAUUCCCUCUACAUUUGGGACAUGCGAGAUAUAAAACGUGUGGGCAAAUCACAUUCCUUCCUCUAUCACUCCACCUGUAUUUGGGGUGUUGAAACUGUGCCAUAUAACAUGGAACGUGAACUCUCCCACACUCUGCCCGAAGAUUCAUUUGUUACCUGUUCUUCCGAUGACACCAUACGUGUCUGGGGUCUGGAGGGUUGUGCCAAUAAUGAAAUCUAUCGCAAAAAUAUCUACUCCAAGGAGCUGCUUAAGGUCGUAUACAUCGACGAUGAUCUGAAUUACAUAAAAGAUUUGGAGAUUGUCGGUGACAAGGGCGGCGCGUCCAGCAAUUCCAAUUACGAUGGACGCAAUGGCGUUCGUUGUAUUAAAAUAAGUCCAGAACUAGAGCAUUUAGCCAGUGGUGACCGUAGUGGCAAUAUACGCAUUUAUAAUUUAAAUAAUUUAAAACUGAUAACCGCAAUAGAGGCUCAUGAAUCGGAGGUCUUGUGUUUAGAGUAUUCCAAUGAGAAAAUCGAUCGCAAGCUAUUGGCCAGUGCAAGUCGUGAUCGUCUGAUACACGUUUUUGAUGUGGCCCAAGACUAUAAGCUGCUGCAAACCUUGGACGACCAUUCGUCGUCCAUAACUUCGAUCAAAUUUGUGGGAGCUGGUCUUAAUUUCCAGAUGAUAUCAUGUGGUGCUGACAAAUCGAUAAUGUUUAGAACCUUUCAGGGCAAUAUAUUCUUACGUGGUACUCACACAUCGGGCAAGACAACUCUCUACGACAUGGAAGUGGACUCGAAUGCCAAACACAUACUCACCGCCUGCCAGGAUCGUAAUAUACGCGUGUACGGCACACAGAAUUCCAAGCAUACGAAAACCUUCAAGGGUUCACAUUCCGAUGAGGGUAGUCUUAUUAAACUUAGUCUGGACCCCAGUGGUAUUUACGUGGCCACAUCGUGUACGGAUAAAACUUUGGCCGUUUAUGAUUAUUAUUCGAAUGAAUGUAUGGCCCGCAUGUACGGUCACAGUGAAUUGGUAACUGGUUUGAAAUUCACCAACGAUUGUCGCCACCUAAUAUCGGCCAGUGGUGAUGGUUGUAUCUUCAUUUGGCAAGUUCCACAUGAUAUGAUUGUAACAAUGCAGGCCAGACUAUCGCAGCAACGAUUGCGAUCAGGCCAUGCACCCAUACCCAGAUCAAUUUCACAAGCUUUAAUUGCUCCCGAAGGAAUUAUUGUAGAAUCACCCACCCCUGAUCUGCACGAUGAUCAUAAAUUUGCUAUGUCUCCGAAUAUAUUGCAGGGUGAGGUACCCUUAACGCCAGGCUAUAAACUUUCCGAUGUGGGACAAUUGCCACAAUGGGCCAAGAGAAAGGCUGGAGUAUCAGCUCUGGCCAAUGAACCUGAGUCAUCGGCAAUGAAUAUACCCUCAGCUGCUAAUCCAACAUCUAUGAACAAUUUGAGUUCAUCACCAAGUCAGGUGGGUGGUGUGGCGCCUAGACCACGAAAUCGCUGGGCCCAGCGUGGACAAAUUGAUGCCGAUACCUUAACUGAUAUACGAUCAAAUUCAGAAAGUCCUUUGGGUAGUGUGUCAACUACAUCUGGCAUUGCACCGGCCAUGCAUCACCCUGGCUUUGGCAAUACUCAGACAUCGGACUACAACAGUGCUUCGUCUAAGGACAUUAUGUACAAUCAAACAUAUUUGAGUGAAGAUUCGUCCAUUGAUUCCGGCAUGGAAACCCGAAGGGAAUUGAAAUUUAUCGGUAGCAAUAAUGCUGGUACAGUACCCACCAUUUCUGUGCCGGGAGCAGGGCCAAGCCGAGUCGGAGCAUCGUCAACAUCCGGCACAUUAUCCGUUGAACGCAAACCGGGUUUGCGAUUUGACACUAUAUCCAACAAUGACCAUGACGGUGACAUUGAGGAUAUAUCGGAUGGUGAGAGAACGAGCUCGGAUCAUGGCAUGUUCUAUAACAACAUAUCACCCAGUACACCAACAGAUUUUAAGGUCAAUGCCAUGAAUGAAGAAGAACUACGAAAGUCGGUACGUCGUCAAAAAUUUGAGAAGGCUGGCCUCACCCUUAGCGGCAAUGGUUCACACACGGCCAGUACAGGCACCGGUACCGGCACCUCUGAUACCGAAGAUGAAGGAUCAACACCCAGUGCCGAAAAUGCUGAUCGCUCUUUGGCCUCAACAUUGGGUGGUAGUUCCGAAAGUAUACCCCAAGCAUCGUCCAGUUUUCUUCAAGCAGCUUUACCCGACGGACCUGGUAAUUUGCUCGAAAGAGGCAGUACUAAUCGUCGCAGCAUAAGUGCCAAACAUAAUACCGAAAACGGUAAACCUGGUGUUUCCGCCCCGCCUACCAUAACCAAAUCGUACACCAGUACAAAGAAGGAGGAACUGUUGAAAGUCAUAAAUGAAGCUAAGCAAAAAUUAGAUAAUGGUGCACGCAAAAAUGGUGUUAAAAAGUUAACUGCCAUACCAGAGGUUGGCUAUCGGUCACUGCGUGGUAGUCAUAGUAUCUCAGAUUUAAGUUUAGCUGGAAAUUUGGAUGGUUCACGUUCUGGCUUAUCGGCAGCAAAUCGUUAUGCUAAGACGGCUUUUGAUCCCACACAUAAUAACGAAAAUAAACCCCACACACAGUUUGUUAGCCAAUCUAAUGAUGUGGUGGGCAGUGGUGAGAGAUCACCUCGGCUGCAGCCACCAUCCACGCCACCAACGAAUUAUUCACCCAUACAGUUGAUGCCUCCACAACAGCAUUUCUUCAAUUGCGCUGCUCCGAAAUCAGUGCUCCAACAAAAUUGUCAAGCAAUGCGUCAGGUGCAACAGCAAUACCCACCCUAUCCACAUCAUGUAGGUGUUCAUCAGAUACAUCCCCCACCGGGGGUACCUUUUAUGGGGCCCACCACACAAAAAGUGCAAGUGCAGCAGCAACAAAAACUGCCGACGGCACAGCAACAGAAUAAAACAUUUUCUAGUUCCACAUUACCGGCCAGUGGUCAGGUUCGUGUAAAGCGCAAUCCCAAUGGCAAUACACGACGCACACCCAGCAUAUUGAAACAUUACAAAUCAUGCCCCGUCUCACCCGUCCAUGAGGAAGUUGAAUGGUCUUCGGAUAACAAAUCGAUUAUCAUUACGGAACCCAAACGUCAUUCAGUCUAUGCUGAUGAUGCUCGCACAAUACUGGACAUGAUCCAGGCUGAUACUGAAAAGAUGAUAGAGGAAAUUACCAGGAAAUAUGGUGAUCUUGAUGAUAUAGGUGUCGAUGUGUAUGAUCCGGUUUCAGGCACUCGACACUCUCAGAUAGUUGCUUCCAAAUCAGUUCCUGAAAAUCUUGCUGCACAUCGUGGCUAUUUGCCUAUGGGCAGGAAAAAUGAUUUUGGAUUUUCACCUGAGGGCUCCACAAGUCCUCGUAUGGUUAGACAGCCAUAUGUGCCGCUGGCUCCCAAACACUCAUUCUCCGAAUUUUAUGUCUAUCAGGAAAUUUAUCAAUGCGAACGCAAGGUAUCACUGUCGGACAUUUUGCAAGACAACCCUGAACAGAUGGCCGAAGCAAGGCGUUUGGAGGAGGCCAGAUUUUUGGAAACUCAACGCCAUUCCAGUGCUUCAUUCUUCUUAACCUCAAAUAAUCAUUUUGCCACCGACAGAAGUCAAGAAUCAUUGUUAUCCGAAGAAUUCCUCGAUGACGGCAGCUAUUGUAAUAGCAUGGAAAGUAUUCUAUCAGAUGAAAGUGAUUGUAAAAGUGCUCCCCUAGAGCAGCAGCAGGUCGUACCCAAACAUCCGGGCUUACGCAAUUUCAUUAUUCAUGGUCCCACAUCAACUAUAGCAGCAGCCCAAAUGGUUUCCAAGUCAUAUGGCUCCAGUCCCAAUGCCUAUGGCAGCUUUGAUUAUUACAUGCAGCAGCGUCACCUACAUGCAACCGCACCAUCAAAUGUCUCACCCUAUGAAAGUUUCGAUGUUUCUAGCUAUAAUCUGGAGAAAAUACAAACAACAAAUGACAGGAAAAAUGUACCACCAAAACCUAUAUCAACCUCAAAAACAUAUCCUAAAUUAGCUGAGCCGUCCUCAUUGGUUCAGCGAAAUCCGCAACAACAAUCAUUUUCUUCUUCAUCCAAGGUUUCAGACGAUAUACCCACAUUAAAGUGUAAAAAUCAACAGUAUUCUUCGGGCGUAAGCAAGAGCAUUAGCUCGGACUUUGCCCAAACACGUUGGCAGAGAAACACAAAUCCCAUACAAACGGAAAAGGCCUACAAUGAGAAACUAUUUCAAAAGAAACCAGUCAAACAAAAGCCACCCGUUCCUGUUAAGCCGGAAAAUCUCAAAUCGACCCUAACUUCUACGGUGGAAUCCGCCACGAAGCUUCAGGUCAAAGAACCGCUCAAAAAGUCAUGUUCCUUUGAGGUAAACGCCGAUGUGUUGAAAUGCAACUCCCGUACGGCCAGUGUGGUUAGGAAAUUCGAAAGGAAUUUGCAAAAGUUCGAAAGAGAGAAACAGGCAGAGCUACAGGCAAAGAAGAAACAAGGUAGCAAUAUGAGGCCGUCGGUAAGUUCGGGAGCUUUGGCUGGUCAGAGUUGUUUGAAAAAGGUUUCCAAAUUUGACAACUCUCCCACACGGCGGGCCACAUCAAUGCGCCAGAAGGAGAGACCAAAGAUUUCGGUGCGUUUCAACACCGUGUCGCAAAUCAAAUAUACUCCAAGCAAUAAAAGGAACAAUGGUAAUGGAUGUGGAAGUACCACCACCACAUGCCCUCUGAAUGAUAUUAAUCUCAAUGUGUCACCCUCGGCAGGAUCAAGUCUGCCCACAGACUAUGGGGAGAAGACAUUCGAAAUGUUUAUAUCAGAGAAUGGCAAUGAUGAGCAUGACAACAUGACCAUGGAUAGCCUGAAAUUGUACACAAAACCAGGCCUCCAGCAGGUCGUGGAUGAAAUCAAACAUGAACGAGAAAAAAGAGACUCGAAACAUAAGAAAAACUUGGCCAAUACUGAAAUUACUCAAAAUCCCCACAGUCCCACAGACGCCUCUACCAGCAACCAAUGCAAAAAUAUUGCCAAGAAAAUUGAUAUUAUUGAAAAAUUGAUAGCCAUGGAGGAGCGGAAAUUCGAGCAAAUACGUUUGGCCACUGAAUCACGAAUGCGACCCUUCGAAUGCAACACCAAACAAAGGGGUUAUGUUAAAUCACUAACCAUGAAUUUUGACAUGCUAGCCAAAGGUAUCGAAAAGGAUAUUGAAAAUGAACAGAGACGUAUUUUGGCAGAUAAUUCAGAUGCCGAUUUAUGCGCCUAUGCGCGUCACAUCAAAAGGAAUGUGAGUCUGCCGGACGUUUUAGAAAGCACUGAAACCUAUGCACUGAAUAAGAAACUAAUGGAACAACAGCAACGUGUCCAACUUGAUUGUGAUGGUGUUGAAGUGGAAUUGGCCAGGGAGGUGAAGGCCGAUUCAGAUGUCGACAACGAGGAUGAGAAAGAGGAUGAAAGUGAAAAAGCCUCUAUGGAAAAUGUAGAGAAAUUGCUCGAAGGCAAUCCCAAGAAUUUGAAUCCCAUGCCAGUCGAUGAUUCGUCGUCCUCCAUCCGAAGGGCAUGUUCCCUUAGUGAUUUACACAUGGGCAAUAUGGGUAAAGCAGGCAAAUCAACCAGUUCUUCCCAAAAAACGGGUGCUGCUCACCGCAACAGCUCUGCCACCCGUUCAGCCAGUAAACGUAAUAGUCUGCAAAUAAAAGGUUCUUCCACUAAUUUAAGUGCAAAUGCUUCAAUGGGUGUACUCAAUCAGAGCGAUUCAGAAACUGAAAGUAACAGCCGGGGUCGAUCAGGUUCAAGUGGACAAAGCCGAACAAAUGGACCCACGGCUGCCAAUCGUUCGUAUAAUUCCAAAAAUACGAAUGGCAACAAUAACCGUCGCAAGGGUAACCUACAAACAAGUUUUAAUAAUGCACCACCCCAAGAUGAUUCCAGCUCUGAAGAAACCCAGGGCAGUUCUUCCAAUGCAAAACCAAUUGUGCCACCACGUCCUCGUAAUUUAGCUUUUGAUCACAAAAAUAAAGUUAUUAACAGUCCAAAUGUGGUUAAGACUCGAGGAGUUUUAGAAGCUGUCGAAUUUGCCGAUUUAGACAGCAAUGGAGAUCCAAAAUCUCAAGUUCAUAAUGUUAUUAACAAACUAUAUACAACAACACAAACCGUUUUACAAUUGCAUGCAAAUCUCAGAAAUUGUGAGGAUUCUUUAAUGCUGAAAGAAUUGGAGAAUGCUGUGAUUAUGACACAAAAUAUGUUAACAAAUAUAACACAAAAUAAAAAUGAUAAAAAUCAACAACCAAAUCAUGCGUACUCUAGCACAGAGCAGGCAAAUUUAGAAAAUGGCGACUAUAUGAUGAUGGUGAAUAAUUGCGCCGAUCUAUUAAGUAAUUUCCGUAUGAAGCACAAACCCGAUGACUGUGAGAAAAACUCCUAGUGUGUAAAUUGAAAAAAAAGAGAAACGUAAAAAACAAAACACAGAAGUGAAACUGAACUUAAACUACAAAACUAAAAAGAAAACAAAAGGGAAAUGCGAAAAUAAAAGUAAAAUCAUAAUUAAUUUAAUAUUCAUAAUUAUAAUUAAUUUAAAUUAAAAUUACAACUAAACAAUUAUUAAGAUAAAUUUACAUUUAAAUACAAAUAUUAGUAGCUAACAAUGUUUUUUUAUUAUAUAUUAUAAUUAAUAUUAAUAUAAAUAUGAUAAUUAUAUUAUUAAUAUUAUUAUUAAUGAAUUAAUUAAAUGUAAAAUAUUUAACUAAAACAAAAUACACAUCUAUAUUAUUUAACAAAUGAAAUUACAAUUGUAAUAUUUUUUUCUCGUUUUUGUAAGGCAAUGUGGUUUGAUGAUAAAAUAUUGCAAUAUAAACAUUUUUAAUUUACCCGAGAAACGAAAAUCGAAUUUUUCGUUUAAUUAUUUGUUAGCACAAGGGGCUGAAAUGGAAUAGAAAAAAUAUUUUCGUCACUUUAAAAUUAUAUAUGAUAUUUAAUGCUUCGUACAUCAAAUCAAACACUUUUUUUUCUAAAAUAGGCAUGUUUUUGUUUGAAGACUUCAUAAACAAAAUUAAGUUUGGCAUCAACAAACUGCAUUUCAGCCCCUGUGUUUAAUCAAAGAUGCAGCCAAAUAUUCCAUGGUUUGCAAAUCUUUUUGUGUAUUUCCACACCGCAAAUAUGGCAUUUUUUAAAAUAAUAUAUUUUUUAUUUUUUUUUUUUUUUUUCAUUAUUGUUUUAUUUCGAUGUAGAAAACAAAAAGACGAAGAUAAAGAACUUGAGACGCUUGUUUUGUUAUAAACUUAUUUGUUAUGUUACGUUUUUUGAUUCUUUGCGUGUUUUGGGCGUGAUUACAUCUACUCUAGCUUUUAGUCUAAUUUGAUAAUAAUUUUUGUCCAUGUGUCUUGUUUCUUUGCUAAUCAAAUAAUCAAAACCAAUCACAACAAUAUUAAGUUAAUCCUAAAUAAAAUUUAUAUAAUUCACAAAAUCAUAAUUUUCAAUGAAAUAUUAUUGUGUUAAGAGCUUAGAUAUGAAAGUUUGUUUUUAAUUACAUUUAUAAACCACACACUUAUACACAACUAAAUACUUACAUCCUAAUUUAGCUUUAAUUUGAAAUUGAAGAAAAGAAAAUAAUAAUAAUAAAUAUUUAAAACUAUAUUUGAUAUUGGAAAAUAAAAUCAUAUAAUUUAAAUACGAAAAGAAUAAUAAUACUAAAAAUGCUAUACCACAA